AUGCAGAAGGUCAGCUUUGCAAUCCAAAACCAACUCAUGGCUUCAAUAUGCAGUUGUUUUGUUGUUUUACCAUGGCCUCAUGCACCACCCAGGAGACGUCUCCAUUCGAUCGUCCAAUGCCGUUGCCUCUCGCAGACAGACGAUCCGUGUGGCUGCCGCUGCUACAACCGCAUCCGUAGCCAAUCCAGACAGCCCAUUCCAACAACAUGGCAGCAUUCUCUCACGCGCACGGCAGACAGCACAGCAUCGGCCAUCCAUCGUCGCCCAUCUAUGGGCUCUUCCCCGCCAAUCCAUACCGCCAUAUCGCAUCGCUUCAAAACAAUGCCCGUGAAGACGCGCCCAGAUGUUUCCUUGGGGUAA